AUGCAGAGGAGGGCCACACUGCACCACUGGAACUGGCGAUGCCCCACCUUCUCCUGGAUCAAGAACUCAUCUGCAGUGCGACACGUGGAUCCAGGUAUCUCUCUCAGCAACCUUCACCGCAGUGGGGGUGGUCAGAAACUUGAGUACCACUUUGAUGGGGAGAGGUUCGUGGAGGGGCGGAAACUCAUCACAGAUGGUGUGAGCUCUGUCAAAGCCAGCAUCAAGCAAGAGAACUUUGAGGAAGCAAGACAGAAGCUGGGAGACAUUUUACACACCUUACAGACAGGGGUCCAGGGGUUCCUGGUACUCCUCUCAGGCAGCUCCAUGGACCACCUGGAGAUCACUAGGGAAGCCAUCUUACAGACCACGGCAAAGGUGUGCAUGCAACUAGCCUCUGCUGAGGGAAGAGACUUCACUCUGCCGCCUGGACCACUGACUGUAGAGUCUCUGGCUCUAGCCUGCUCCUCAUCGGGGUCUGCUAAGAGUUUCCUGAGUGCCAUAUCAGACGUCAGCUGGAGAAAUGCUGGAGUUGACUUCCGUCACACGUCCGAUGUAGAGUACCACUUUGAUGGGGAGAGGUUCGUGGAGGGGCGGAAACUCAUCACAGAUGGAAUGAGCUCUGUCAAAGCCAGCAUCAAGCAAGAGAACUUUGAGGCAGCAAGAGAGAAGCUGGGAGACAUUUUACACACCUUACAGGACUUCUACAGUCACAGUAACUGGAUAGAACUGGGCAACAGAUUUCCCCAUUCCAAUCUCAUCAGAUCAGACGUGUCGGACAUCGGCCCUGUUGCAGAUAAGAACACACCCACAUGUCGGAGCUGUGUCGGUAAAGACUGCCAGAACAACAUCCUAGAAGACAUCAUCAGAGACAAGAAGCUGACCUCGGGAUAUUUUAGCCUUGAACCUUUUUUUUCCAUCAAACCAAAAGGGAAGUGCAGCCAUGGGGGCUUAUCGGACCAGACAAGCAGGCAGGAGCCUACAGGUGGGAUCAACAAGGACUCACUUGAGUCCAGCCAUGGCAACUGGCACACUGCAGCUGCAGAGGUGGCCGUGGCUGCAACCAGCCAGCUGCUGGAGGACAUCAGAGGGGCUGCCGGGGACACAGACUUCCUACGGAUGAUGGGGAUCUCUAAGAAUGGAUCUAGAGUUCUGUGUUUUGUGAUCGACACCACCGGCAGCAUGUCGGACGACAUCGCAGCGGUAAGGGAGACGACGUCGCUCAUCAUCGACAGCAAGAGAGGAACGCCAGACGAACCCUCAGCCUACAUCUUGGUCCCCUUCAAUGACCCAGACUUUGGGCCCCUGAUGCGGACCACGGACCCAGACGUCUUUAAGGCAGAGAUCAAUGCACUGAGUGCUGCUGGAGGAGGGGAUUUCCCAGAGAUGAGUCUAUCAGGACUUCAGGUGGCUUUAACUGGUGCACCCCCCUCUUCAGAGAUCUUCCUUUUCACCGAUGCCCCCGCAAAAGACUUGAACCUAAUGGGCACGGUGAUCGCUCUCAUAGAACGCACUAAGUCAGUGGUGUCCUUCUUCCUAACUGGCUCUUUGGGGCUCCGUCGUAGGAGGGCUAGUGACCAGGGCCAAGGACAGGUCCAGCACAGUCGGAUGGUAGAGUCAGACUCCCAGCUCUACAUGGAGCUGUCCCAGGCCUCAGGUGGCCAGGCCAUACAGGUCACCAAGACAGAAUUGCCCAAGGCCACCAGCAUCAUUGUGGAAUCCUCCAGCUCUUCAUUGGUGACCAUUCUACAGGCUGUCCGGAGUCCAGGAAGGGCUGAUAAUUUCUCCUUCACUGUAGAUGAGUCUGUGAGAAACCUGACUGCUUAUGUUACAGGAAGCUCCCUCUCCUUCACUCUCACCAGCCCCUCAGGUGUGUCCCAGAGUAGCGGGGAGGUAAAUGGGUCUCUGGCAACGAUUAAAACCGUGGGGAACUUCCUCACACUGGGGCUGGACAGCCAAGCGGGAUUAUGGGAAAUCAGUGUGUCGUCAACUGUGCCCUACUCACUGAAGGUCGUAGGUCAGAGCGCCAUCGACUUCCUGUUUGACUUUGUGGAGGUGUCCCAGGGACCUCAUCCAGCCUUUGCUGUUUUAGAGUCCCGUCCUCAAGCUGGCGGUAAUGCCACCCUGCUGGUGUCAGUGACGGGGAGUGAAUCUGUGAGUCUGACGGAGGUGGCCCUGGUUGAGGCCUCGGGGUCAGGGGAGGUCAGUGGAACCUUGGAAUCAGUCGGCAGCGGAGACUUCCUGGUUACCAUGGACAGAAUCCCGGAUGGGGAGUUUGUUGUGCGUCUGAGAGGAGAGAACAGCGCCACCACCAGGGCAUUACCAGACAGCUUCCAGAGACAGUCCUCCACCCGCCUCAGAGCCUCCACUGUUAUGGUGACGGCUAAGGCAGAAAGUGACCUGGAGCCUGGAACACCCUUUUCAGUCCUGUUCACUGUGACAACCAACGGGACAGGCGGAUCCUUCACCAUCCGGGCCACAAAUGACCGGGGCUUCCCCUCCUCUUCCCCUACAACCCUGACGCUUGUGACCGGGGUCAGUGCCAACGGUACAGUGACCCUCACGGCCCCCGCCAACACCGUGUCGGGCACGGACGUCACCCUGACCAUCGAGGCUGAGUCUCCCGGGGCCACCGACACCAACUACGCCGUCCUGCGCCUCUCCGUUGUUUCACCGGUGACAGAUUUCAGCCGUCCGGUGUGCGAUGUGGUCAGCGUAACAGCCAAUUGUUCUGACGACUGCAGCCUGUCCAUGUGGGAGCUCUCUGCCAACCUGACGGACGGCAAUGGGACGGGCAUCGAGCGCGUCACCCUGCGCCAGGGCAACGGAACCCUCAACACCACCACCACGGUGGAGGGUGCGGGGAAUAUGACCGUGACUCUGGCAGCCUACAGCGCCUCCUGCUGUUCCCCGGAGGUAGAGCUGGUGGCGGUGGAUGGCGCAGGGAACGUGGGGACCUGUUUCAGGUCCAUCAGAGUGACAGUGGAUACCACUGUCCAGCCACCAGUCACCAAUGUCAUCACUGAGAACAGCAUCACCGUGACUCCACCUAUAGUUACCACCACCACCGCCGCGAGCAGGGGCCAUCCUCUAUCCCUCUCCUCGUAUCUCUGUUCCAUCAUGUUGGUCUCUGUCACACUCGUUCUGAGCCGCUAGGUAGCUCAUUUCACUUCUGGUCUUGAAAGAUGUUUAAUCAAAUUCAAUAGUUUCUCUGUUAUAAUACUGUCUGUUAAGUUCCCAUUAUUAUGUCAAGUCCAAUAAUACAUGCCAUUUAGCUGAUGUGUUUAACCAAAGUGACUGACAUUAAUGCGUGCAUACAUUUUAUGUAAAGGUGGCCCUGGGAAUUGAACCCACUAUCCUGGCAUUGCAAGCGCCAUGCUCUACCAACUGAGCUACAGAGGUCUAAGGCCAUGCGGCUUAGUGUCUUUUCGAUGGACCUCAUGUCAUCUGUGCUGAAGUGUACCAAAACAAAGUGCCAAGGCAGUCUCUAAAAGGCAUCCUGCAGGGACGGGGGCUUAUAUAUAUAUAUAUAUAUAUAUAUAGGACAAUAUAUAUAUAUAGGACAAAACACACAUCACGACAAGACAGACAACACUACAUAAGAGAGACCUAAGACAACAACAUAGCAAGGCAGCAACACAUGACAACACAACAUGGUAGCAACACAACAUGGCAACCGCAAAACAUGGUAGCAGCACAAAGGGCAAGAAGGUAGACAGAACAAUACAUCAGGCAAAGCAGCCACAACUGUCAGUAAGAGUGUCCAUGAUUAAGUCUUUGAAUGAAGAGAUUGAGAUAAAACUGUCCAGUUUGAGUGUUAGUUGCAGCUCGUUCCAGUCGCUAGCUGCAGCGAAAUGCAUAUGGUAUUGAUAAGUAAUCAUAAAUAAUCAUAAUGUAUGUUGAUAUCACUGUAAUUUCUUAUUGGUCUAUAGCAAUAAAGGCUGGCAUUAUUAGGUAUCAAUAAGACACUCUACUUCCUGAUGUUCUCUGCUUAGUUAUUCAUGUCACUUGUAUGACCUGUUGUCUGUAAAUAUUGAUUGUCUUUUGUAACGUCAGUCCUCGAUAAUGUGAGACAUAUUCCUCCAAAGGCCAAUAAAGUGAACUGAAGAAGUAAA